AUGUCCUGCGGGAACAGCCAGCAGCAGUGCCGGCCCCCUCCCAAGUACCCCCCGCCAAGAUCUCAGCACAGUGCUCACCCCCAGCCCCCCCGCCCCAGCUGUGCUCCAGUCUCCGGGGGCGGCUGUGACCCCAGCUCUGGGGCGGCUGCUGCCUGGACCACCGUAGGCACCAUGGAUGCCGGCGCCACAGCUCCGACUCCUGUGACGGUGGUGGUGGGCUGCAGUCUGGGCAGCCAUGCUGGCUCCGGGUGUGGCCAUGGCUCUGGGGGCGGCUGCUGA